AUGAGUUCACCAGGCUCGUGUCGUACACCAGGAAGGACGAACAGAGAGGGUAGGAACUGCUCUCAGAGCCCAGACUAUCUCGAAAACUUCAUAGAUACGAUGCAAUUCUCGUCUUUCAGUACAAUUGCUGAAGAACCGAAUACUACGUCGUUCGCCACAGGCAGAAGCCAACAUGAAGCCUGGUUGCGGAGAAAACUCGAAGAGGAACGAAAGAGAAAACAAAAGGAAAAGGAGUUGGCAAUGAAAAAGGAAGAGGAAGAGAAGGAAAGGCGAGAGCAAGCAAAGAAACUCUUUGAAAGGUGGAAAAGUGAGCGAGACGAGAAGGCACGCGAAGAGAGGCGGCGGCAGCGAGCGAAGGAGAAGGAGUUGCGUAGAAAAGAAGAGGAACGAAAGAAAGAGAAGAAAGUUGAAGCUGAGAAGACGUUUGAGGCAUGGAAACGGUCACAUUCGGCGUCGAGGAGGACUUCUCUUUCAGCUGCUGAGCGAGAGAAGCAACGGCAAAAAGAAGAGGCACGAAAAGAGGCCGAGAAGGCGUACGAAGCUUGGUGA